GGCUCUCUAUGGUCUCCCGGAGCAGUGGCUCUCCCGGUGUCGGUGGCCCGGGUGGACACGAUGUCCCUGCUGCCCGCAGUGCUGUUGGCGUUGUUGCUGCUGGCGGUGUGCGCAGUGCUGCUCGGACGAUGGCUGCUUUAUCGCCUGGCUACUAACUGGUGCCAGAAAAGGCUGGGAGCAGAUUUGAAGAUUGGAUCAGUGGGCUUCUUCUGGCUUCAGAACAUCAGCUUAAAGUUUGGGAGGCAGCAACAACAAAUUGUGGAUAUUGACAGUAUCUGGGUAUCUAGCAAGCUAUUGAAUCAUGAGUUGCCUCGAUACUUUGCUAUAUGCUUUGGGGAGGUGCGCGUUAGAACAGACCUUAAGGGGACAUCACACACUCAUCACCAUGCACCCAGUACUCCAGAUGAGGUUCCUGGAGAGAAUAAGAAGACUUUUCUCAGCCCCUCACUUCGUAAAAUAUUUUCUCAGCUGCUAUCUGUACACCUCGACUCCGUUAAUAUUAUGGUUCUCAAUGUGGCUGACUCAGAAUCCCUUUGGCACAUGACUGUUUCUAGGACAAACUUCAUCCUGGACAGCGAUGGGAAUAGGUUGGAGUGCACUCUGAGUCUUAAUCAUUUGACCAGCAAAUUAUUAAAAAGCAGCCAGCAGGAUGAAGCAUGUCUUGCAGAACUCUCGUUGGCUGUUACUCUGGAGUGCAGUAUCCAUGAAAGAUGCCUUCAAGCUGUCAGUCUGAGAGUGCGUAGCCUUCACGCUGAGCUGCAUGAAAGCCUGUUCCACAGUGAAUUACUUCAAAGGGGGCUACUUGAUGAACAGCAAAGUGGUGAUGAGGAGAGCAACUCAUCUGUGGAAAAGACAGACACAGAAAAUGCUGCGUCUCCAAAGUGGUUGCAGUUGGUGGGAAAGUUGCCCUGCAAGAUGGUUCUGGGCCUUGAAAAUAGCACUGUAGUUCUUUCAAUGAACAGUCAGCAGAGGCACCUUAACUGGACUUUGAAACUGUUGCAGUUGUCAUACACGCGGGAGGAAGACCAGCUACCUUUGCGCAAGUUCAUUGGGACAUCAGAGCUGGCGCAGAUGAGUGCUGAACUUCUGGUGGAAGAUGGUCUCCUGCUUUCUCAAAGCCGUCAGAGAAUCAUCUGCCUGAAUCACUUGAAGGCCGCUGUACACGUCAACUCCAUUGAUAUUCAGAGCUCCAUAGCACUUAACACUUGCAUCAUUCACUAUCGUCACCAGGAGUUUUCUCAUUGGUUCAGCUUGCUGGCGCUGGAACGCCAGUUACAAAGAUCACCAAGAGCCUCAACCAAAAAUUCUAGACCAUUUCCUGUGAUUUUGGCCCCUAUAAUAUUCAACUCAUCCAUGUGCAAUGUCAAUGUGUCUGUCCAGCUGGGAGAGGCCCAACCUUUUGCUGUGGGAUUUUCAUCUAUUUCACUAGAGUUCAAGCACUUACGUACCCAGAACCUGCAUCAAAGGGCUGUCCUCUCUGUGAGCAAUCUGUGCUGGAGGGUGGGAAAGGACUCUCAUAUCCAGCAAGCUCUCCAUCUACCAAGCACGCACGUUUGGGGAGAGGCUUUUGUUCUCGAUUGCUUCAGUUUACAGGGCAGCUACAAUAAAUCUCUGGGUGGAGGCAUUAUGCAGGCAGACACACUCUUCAUAGAGUCUACUGUACAGGGUCUGCAGGUAGAGUUCUCAGAUACCUGUGUGGAAUGUCUCUCCCGUGUACUAAGCCUGCUCCCUAACCAGUCAAAAUAUCCAGUUCCAUCAUCGCAGAACGCACUUGCUGUAACCUCUCCAUUUGGGGAACCAUGCAGCAAACUGGCCGUCCUCUGGAGAGUGGAUGUCCGUGUGGAGGAAGUGAACCUGUUUACAUUGUCCACCCUGGUGGGUGCUUCACAAGUCAGAAUAGACCUUUUUACUGUACAGAGAAGUGCUGAAAGCUGCAAUGUAAGGCUGCACGGCUUUGCCUUGUCUCUACUGAAAUCCGUCACUGAGAAGAUGGAACUUUGCUGCAAGUCUGUAGACAUUCCUGAACCACUGCUCUACUUUUCCACCCUGUCCUCCACAUACUUCACCACUAUCCAUUCCUUAGAGGUUCAAUGUGACAAUGAGCUGUUUCUGCACUGGAGUCCCUGUGAUCAUAUGUACUUGUACCAGCACACUUUGUCUACCCUGCAGUGCAGGGAUCUGCUGCUUACAACCUUGAACAGAGAGGCCCAGCCCUCAGCAUCAACCACUGAGGGCAAAGACAGUUUUCCUCCUAUGUCACCAAAUUCUGUAACCAAAAGUCCAGGCACUGAGCCUGGUUGUCACAAAAAAGGACUGCAGAUCACACUGGAAAUUAAUUCUGUGAAAUUGGAGAUUGAUGUUUCACAAACAAACUGCUUUCUGUUCACUGGUCAGAGCAUCUGGUUGAACAAGAAUGGUGGUUCCCUUCAGGUGCGUUCCCCGGAGGUGACUGUCAAUGUUGAUGGACACAGUAUCUUUCUGUUUAAAGAUAUUGAUGCACAAAGACUACCUGAACUGGAAGAUAUGUUGUUGCACCGCAGCCACUUUCCCUCACUGCUCACCGAGAGGAACCGAGCUUGGGUUCUUUCUCUUAGCAGCAUGUCCAUGGAGUUCCCUCAUAGAUAUGACUUCUCCUGUAUCCUUGAUAAAGCCAUUGGGGUGCAAAAGUGGUUGAAAGGUCUCCAUCGCACACAACGAACUGGACCUGAGCCUCUCCCACCAGACCUGGUGCUGAGGGUCAAGCAGUUUUCUUUCGCAUUCCUGGACGAUGUGUUUGAGGUUAAAUUGAGAGACAACUAUGAGUUGAUGAAAGAUGAGAGCAAGGAGAGUGCCAAGAGGUUGCGACUCCUGGACGAUAAAGUUGCUGCUCUGCGCAAGCAGCAUGGAGAGCUGCUUCCUGCGAGGAAGAUCGAGGAGUUGUAUGCGUCCCUUGAGAAGAAGAACAUAGAGAUAUAUAUUCAGCGCUCAAAGCGUUUGUAUAGUAACACUCCAAUGAGAAAGUCACUGCUGACCUGGACUAUGUCUGACCUUGAAGUGGUGGCGUUGGCAGAUGAAUCACUUCACGGGCCAGAAAAGGUGGUAGAGAACAUGAGUGACAUUGACAGCAUUAGCCCUUUUCCCUCUGAAGGUUUACCUCUAGUUAUACAGUGGUGUCGCAUGAUGAAGUGCUCUUUGAAAACCUUUUACGUGCGAAUUCGUGAUUAUCCCCGCUAUCUUUUUGAAAUUCGGGACUGGCACCUUUCUGGAAGACUUCUUGGGGCUGAACAAAGCGGGCAAGCAAGCGCACGCCGGAAACAAGUCAUACAACUAGGCAUGCCGUGGGGGGAUGCAAUUGUAGAAAGGAACAUGCCACCUUUAAAGUUCUUCCAUGACUUUCACUCCGAGAUUCAGCUGUAUACUAUAGUUUGGGGUCCAUGCUGGGACCCUGCCUGGACUUUGGUGGGGCAAUAUGUCGACCUCCUCUCCAAGCCUUCCGUAGAUCCUAGUGCUCCUCUGCCUUGGUGGGAUAAGAGCCGAUUGCUCCUUCACGGACAUUUCAGCAUGGACAUUGAACAGGCUAAUCUACAUCAGCUGGCUACUGAGGACCCAUAUAAUACGACGGAGAACAUGCACUGGGAAUGGAACCGCCUCAAGUUUGCCUGGAAUCCUGGGCAGUUCAUCUUCAAAGGAGACAUGGAUGUUAAUGUCCGGACAGCCUCCAAGUAUGAUGACUGUUGCUUUCUUCAUUUACUGGAUCUCUGCAUGAUAUUUGACCUUCAGUGGCUGUGCCAUGGAAACCCACAUGACCAUCAUAAUGUAGCACUUCGUUCCCCAGACUUCCUACCGGAAUUCUCAUCCAUCCAACCACAUGACUCUUACUGUGCCUUCCGUUCCGAGAACCUUAAUCUCUCCAUCAAGAUGGACCUAACCCAGUCACAUGGUGAAGCCUCUCAGCCACGUAUCUUGCUAUAUAGCAGCACCUUGCGCUGGAUGCAGAAUUUUUGGGCUACGUGGAGCAGUGUUACACGACCUAUCUGCCGAGGGAAGCUCUUCCACAACUUGAAGCCAGGCAAGAAGAAGCUCGGGCAGCAUUACAAGCAGCUAUCUUACACAGCCUUGUUUCCACAGUUGCAGAUUCACUACUGGGCAUCGUUUGCACAGCAAAGAGGGAUCCAAGUUGAAUGCAGUCAAGGAGAAAUAUUUACCCGUGGUGUGCAAAGGCUUAUUCCACAAGCUGGCACUGUGAUGCGCCGUCUUAUAUCUGAGUGGAACGUGCCUCAGAUGACCAGCAAGUUAAAUGUGGUGACUGUACACCUUAUGGCUUCAACCUGUGAUGAGAAUGCUGACCACCAGCUGGACUGCCAAGUUCAGAAAACACAUCUCCUUAGCCUUUCCUCACUGAGCUAUGACAGACAGGAACUCUCUGCCACAGAUGAAGAAAAUGCCACCUAUACCCAUCGCUUGCAUCUGGUGGAUCUACGGGCCUCUUGGACAACACUAAACCGAGACAUUGCGUUUGGCCUGUAUGAUGGUUACAAGAAAGCAGCUGUGCUGAAACGCAAUCUGUCUACAGAGGCACUGAAAGGGCUUAAGAUUGACACUCAAAUUCAAGCCAAAAAACCAAAGCGUGGUUCCGUGCGCAACUUCCCCGGUACAAAAAAGGUCACCGCACCUGUUAUCACGGGAAGAACAGAAAGGUCACCCUCAGGAGGGGCGGACAUGCUGCAGAAACUGAUAGAUGAGACGGAUAAGUUUGUGGUGUUCACAGAGGAGGAAUCUGGAGUGAGCGAGCAGCUUUGUGGCAAAGCUCCUUGUCAGGACAAAGACAUCUAUAAUCACAACUGGCUCAUUGAGCUGGUAAACUGCCAGAUGGUGCUUCGAGGAGCAGAGACAGAGGGAUGUGUCAUUGUAUCUGCAGCAAAAGCUCAGCUCCUGCAGUGCCAACAUUAUCCCUCCUGGUAUGGAGACACCCUGAAGCAGAAAACAUCAUGGACAUGCCAGCUUGACAGUAUGCAAUAUUUUGCCACCACCGAGAGCAGCCCAAGUGAUGGAGAAGACAGCCAACAAUGGUUAGAGGUGAAGAACAUAGAGGAGCAUCGUCACAGGAAUCUAGACUCUGUGCAGGAACUCAUGGACAGUGGUCAGGCUGUCGGGGGCAUGGUUAGCACUACCACAGACUGGAGUCAUCCGGCAGAGGCCCAGCAAAACCAACAGGUGCAAAGGAUCAUUUCUCGUUGUAACUGCCACAUGUAUUACACCAGCUACAGCCAUGAUAUUGAUCCAGAGCUGGCAAUGCAGAUUAAACCUCCAUCAACACCUACACAUCCAGAGAAGGAAGAUUUAUUGAAAGGACAAGAGGCAGCUGCAGAUACUUUUACACUAAAACAUCAGCAUUUGGAGAUAUCCACCAACCCUGCUCAAUAUGCUAUGAUUUUGGACAUCGUCAACAACUUGUUACUACAUGUAGAACCAAAGCGAAAGGAACACAGUGAGAAGAAGCAGCGUGUUCGUUUCCAGUUGGAGAUCUCCAGCAAUCCAGAGGAGCAGCGCAGCAGCAUUCUGCAUCUUCAGGAAGCUGUGCGGCAACAUGUCCUGCAAAUACGCCUGCUGGAGAAACAAAUGUACUUAAUCAUGAAGUUACUGCAUGAUGAAAGUAAGAAUGAUUCUCUGCAUGAGCAGCAUCAGAAGCUUCAAGGCCAGUUAUGUCGGGAGAAGAUGGACCUGCAGCAGAAGAGUGAGGAGCUGAACAUUCUAAUCAGAUGUUUCAAAGAUUUCCAGCUACAGAGAGCAAACAAAAUGGAACUGCGCAAGCAGUCAGAGGACGUGAGCGUGGCACGUCGCACUGAGUUUUAUUUUGCACAGGCACGGUGGCGUCUGACGGAGCAGGAUGGGCAACUGGGCAUUGCAGAGCUAGAGCUACAGCGAUUCCUCUAUAGCAAGGUCAAUAAGUCUGAUGACACUGCAGAACAUCUGUUGGAGCUGGGUUGGUUUACCAUGAACAAUCUGCUGCCCAAUGCAGUCUACAAGGUAGCGUUACGUCCACAGAGCCCAGGACAGUCAGGGAGACAGCUUGCACUGAGACUGUUCAGCAAAGUUCGUCCUCCUGUAGGCGGUAUUUCCAUUAAAGAGCACUUUGAGAUAAAUGUGGUGCCUCUGACCAUCCAACUCACGCACCAGUUCUUCCACAGAAUGAUGGGUUUCUUCUUUCCUGGGCGCAGUGUGGAGGAGGAGGAAGUCGGUGAUGAAGAGGAUAAGUCCAAACUCGUCACAACAGGCAUGCCUGUAAUGAAACCACGGCAGCUAAUUGUUGCUGAAGAUACUGUGUCCCUUGGGCCAGGGAAAGGAGGUGGUCAGGGGUUGAACAGGACAACUGGAGUUAGAAGAUCUUUCCGAAAAGCACCUGAGCAUCCUGUGGAUGACCUGGAUAAAAUGAAGGAGCGAGCGGCAAUGAACAAUUCUUUUAUCUACAUUAAAAUACCACAGGUGCCUCUGUGUGUUAGUUACAAGGGUGAAAAGAACAGUGUGGAUUGGGGUGACCUUAACCUAGUGUUGCCAUGCUUGGAGUACCACAACAAUACCUGGACGUGGCUGGACUUUGCCAUGGCAGUUAAAAGAGACAGCCGGAAGGCUCUGGUAGCUCAGGUGAUUAAGGAGAAAUUGCGCUUAAAGCCAGCUGCAGGAGCCGAAACCAAAGUUAAGGGGGAGACAAAACAGGAUAUGAACCAACAGGAGGAGGACGAGAAGGCCCGACUGCUCAUUGGACUAAGCAUGAGUGACAAAAACCCCAGCAAGAAAUCAUUAUUAUUUGGAAGGCGAAAAUAGGCCGUGGGUGUGAACCUUUGAAGAUCACUUUUCCUUCACAGAUAAUACAUGCUGUGGAUGCCGUACCCAAUUGUUCUGGCCUACACAGAGUCUUAAAGUCUGUUACUGCUACACAGACAAAUUAUGCUUUGGGCAAUGGCGUUCAGAAUAGGAUGAUGUUAUCAGCUACCCUAGCUUGAGGUCUGUAAGCUGGAGAAUCAAGGACAUUAUUCCUGUCUGUUUGAUUGCUGCAAUCACCAAAGUAGAUUUGGUGAUAGGAAAAGAUUGAUUCUCUGUAGAUUCUAAUAUAAUACUAAUAUCUUCCGCCUCUAUCACAGCAGUCUUUUUCCACUGGACAUAUUCCUGUAAUUAUGACACAAAUCGAGCCUUCAUUUCUAUCCAGGGUGUUGUAAUCAGAAAGUACAUUCAGUGAAUGUUAUUUGCGUGGACACAUCUGUCCGUUUAUAUUAUAAAAUAAAAUGACAUAUAAACAAACACUGCUGGGCAAUUAUCCUACAUCUUUUGCAUGUGUGUGGAAAGUAGAUUGUGGCUAAUGCCAGCCUGGCACAGAAGAAAGGGAGGUAUGUAUAAUAUUAAAUAUUACCCUAAAGGCAGUGUCACAACAUGCAUGGCUAUCUUCAGAAACAUGUUCCCAGCAGAGUUAAUGCAAAUAAUAUGUGUAGCCAACAUUGCCUGCACUUGUCAGACAACAGCCCAGUUAUAAAUGUGUUGAAUUUGGAGAUAAUAUGGCCACGUACGAGCACAAAGGUAAAGUCGAGUACUAUAACUGGAGAGGGCUAUUUACCCUUCCUCAGCCUUUUAAAGCAUCAGGGCAUAUCCUCGUUAAGAAUAGCCAGCAGCUGUUAAGUGCGGCAACGCUGGAGAAAUAUUUAAAUGACCUACAAAUUUAUGUGCAUAUUUAACAAAAUAUCCUACUUAUUCACAAACAGAUUGUGCCUAUGCAGAAGGCAAGCUUAUCUUAAGUAACACGUUAAAUCAUUUUCUACAAGCAGGGGACAGUAGCAUACAACGUGAGUAUAGUUCCCAUUUGUGUGAUUGCUACUGACCUCUCUCUGUGGGGAUAAAACAUUAUAGAAGCAGGCAAAUAAUAAACUAUUGACGCUUCCUUGUGAAUAAUCUAUUUACAAGAAGUUAGUAAU